CCGGCCCGGCCCGGCGGAGGGACACAGCGGGCACCCACCCGCCGGGGCCCCGGCCGGACCUCGGGGGUGCCCGGCUCCCGGCCAGCGGCGUGGAGCGAGCUCGACGCUUUCCUCAGUCCUGGCAGGAUGCUGCCUUCCUCCCGGACCCAGCUGGGGCUCUUCUUCAUCCUCCUCUGCCCCGCUAACAUCAUCGGGCUCUGGUGGGCAGUGGGGAGCCCCCUGGUCAUGGACCCCAACAGCAUCUGCCGCAAGACGAAGCGGCUGGCGGGGAAGCAGGCAGAGCUGUGCCAGCUGGAGCCAGAGAUCGUGCAGGAGGUGGCCAAGGGCACCAAGCUGGGCGUCCGGGAGUGCCAGUACCAAUUCCGCUUCCGCCGCUGGAACUGCACCAGCCACAGCAAGUACUUCGGCAAGAUCCUGCAGCAGGAUAUCCGUGAAACAGCCUUCGUGUACGCCAUCACGGCGGCUGGAGUGAGCCACGCCAUCACGCAGGCCUGCAGCAUGGGCGAGCUGCUGCAGUGUGGCUGUGAGCUGACACGGAGCCGGGCGCCCCCCUCGCCCACGGCGGGGCCGGGCACAGAGGGCACUGCCUGGGAGUGGGGGGGCUGUGGGGAUGAUGUGCAGUUUGGCUACGAGAAAUCCCAGCAGUUCAUGGAUGCCAAGAACAAAAAAGGCAAAAAUGACAUCCGAGCUCUUAUCGACCUGCACAACAAUGAAGCCGGGCGCUUGGCGGUGCGCAGCUACAUGAGGACAGAGUGCAAAUGCCACGGGCUCUCGGGCUCCUGCACGCUGCGGACCUGCUGGAGGAAGAUGCCCCAUUUCCGCGAGGUGGGCGAUCGCCUGCUCGAGCGCUUCAACGGGGCUUUCAAGGUGAUGGGAGGCAACGACGGCAAAACCCUCAUCCCUGUGGGCGACAACAUCAAGCCUCCCGAUAAACAGGACCUCAUCUACUCGGCCGACUCGCCUGAUUUCUGCUCGGCUAACCGUAAGACGGGCUCGCUGGGCACCAGGGGCCGUGUCUGCAACAGCACGGCCAUGGACACGAGCGGCUGCGACCUGCUGUGCUGCGGGAGAGGGCACCGGGACGAGACGGUGGUGCUGGAGGAGAACUGCCUUUGCCGCUUCCACUGGUGCUGCGUGGUGCAGUGCCGCAAGUGCUCCGUCCGCCAGGAGCUCAGCCUCUGCAUCUGACAGCCUGGGGUCAGGCCAGGACAAUUUGGGAGGCCACCUCCAGGCUCACAGGGCCCCCAUGGGACAGAGACAGGUGGAGCCGGUGGCAGGGUCAGCGUGGGUGAGCUCAGCUCUGCGCUCUGGGGAGUCCUGGCUUCCCCGGAGGGCAGCACAGGGCUGCCUGGCACCCCCACGGUCCCCGUGGCACAGAGCUUCCAUAAUAAAGCUAUUUAAAGCCAUAUGCCACAGAGCUUCCUGGGGAGGGCUGAGAAGCGCUGACCACUGUACUGGAAUAGGAUUAGCCAGAGAGCUGCCUUACCCCAGCUCUGAGUCCCAGUCAGUCACACUCCUGCCAGCCCCUAGCCCUGCUGGGAGCUGUGGUGAAGUCCAGCUCAUUUUUUAUCUACCCUCUGUUUUUCUCUGUGGCUGUCAAGCCUUGAGAUGUGUGUGGAUGAGGGCGAAUACUCUCCUGCCCUGCUCUGCUGCUUCCAGUGUGUGAGUGCUCUCCUCCCAUCACCCACGGCUGUCAUUGCUUGGGGUGCCAGUUUGUGUCCUGCCACCUUCUGACCUGGGAUGUUUGCAGCCCAUGGUGCCUCCACUCAUGCCUCAUGCUGAAGGUACAUCUAGCUGCUCUAACACUGUGCUGUUGUGCUCUGAUUUUCUCAAGGGGACCCUGUAUUCUUUUCACCUCAGCCAUGUCACCGCAGUCCCUGCUGCAGAGCCUGGCACACAGAAGUCCUGGACAGCGCUGACACUGUUGGCUUGGUGGCAUGCAAGGCAUUCACUUGGCAUGCCAUGGGCCACGUGCAACCCCACCUGGGUGGCAGGGUGCCAGGCAUGUAUGUCUUUAUAACCU